CGAGGCGGCGCCACCAUGGCUGACAGCCUGGGCGCUGUGGGAAGAGCGACCUCGGGCUCUUCCAGUCCUGCCCGGCUGUCGCCGCGGGGAGAGGACAGCGAGGCGGGGGCGGCCGUAGCUCCGGCUCCCGGAGGUGCGGGCCGAGGGGCAGUGGCCCGGGAUCCGCCGCCGCUACCGUUGCCGCUGCGGGAAGGUCCAACGAGGGCGCCCGCGCCCCCGCCUGGGGAGGCGGGGGGCGGGGUCCCCCCGGUCGGGCUGGCGCUGCGUUUCGACAAGCCCAUCAAGCAGGCCUUCUACAACACGGGCGCCGUGCUGUUCGUGUGCCUGUGCUGCGGCGCCGCCGUGCUCGUGUACUUCAUCCUCGAGGCUUUCCUGCGACCGCUGCUGUGGGCCGUGCUGUGCGGCACUUUCCUGCAUCCCUUCAAGAGCUCUCUGACGCGCCUGGGCCGCCGCUGGCUGCGCCGCCUGCACCGCGCGCACACACCCAUCGUGCUGGCCGCCCUGCUGCUGCCGCUCUGCUUCGCCAACUACGGCGUGGAGGCGCUGGGCGAGCAGGUGCUGCGGCGCCGCCGCCUGCUGCUGCUGCUGGGCGCGGGCGCGCCCCUGCUCUACGCCCUCUACCACCUGGGCAGCUACCUGGGCGUGCAGGUGCUGCUGGCCUACGCCUGCGCCCUCAUCCGCCAGGGGCUGGACUACUUCAACACGCUGUGGAUCUGGACGUUGGUAGUUGGCUAUGUGUUGGCUGUUUUAUUCAAGUGGAAUCCAAGUACUGAACGCUACUUGAGAGCAGUUUCAAUUCCUGUCUGGAUUAUAUUACUUUUCCAUUUAGCAUCUCUGGCUGGCUCCUGGAAGAUUCCAGUAUUCCUUGUCAUAGUUUUUCUGAUGUCUGUGGGUACUCUUUAUGAAAAGCAGAAUGAAAAAGUCUCCUCCGGAACAGAAUUACCUGGUCAGGUGAUUUCUAUUGCUGCUUCUACACUGGCCACAUUUGCCAUAUCCAUCACAGGGUACGAGCUAGGACAAGAAGAGCAUAAUUCAACACAACAACCCACAGAAACUGCAAACGAUGGAGAAUCCAUUUGUACAUUUCCUUCUUCUUCCACUGCCUCCUCCCCAUCUCCCACUUUGGGGAGACAGAGGCCUGAGAUUGGAACAUUUCUUAGAAAGAAGAAAACCAGUGAUGUCUACUUUGUUACCCUUGUAUGGGCCAUCAUUAUAGUCCAGAUCUGGUUGAAUUUGUGGAUUGUCCAGUUGCUUCCAGUGCCUGUUGCAGUCUGGAUACUCAAAAAACUUAUUAUACACUUUGGAGUUGUGAACUUCUUAAAGGAACAUUGCUAUGGAUGGUGGCAAGUUCUGGAAAAAUUUUUGAAGGAACGGCAAGAAGCUCUCACACCAUGGCCCAUUGUAGGGCUUGGAAAGUUCAUGUUAAAAAUUGAUAGCAAGAUGAUUGUGUGGUUGGAGAAAAUGCUGGAUAAAAUAAUCAGCAUUUUCAUCAUAUUUUUGCUAGUAAUAGGAACCCUUCUUCUGGCCCUACUACUUACAGCAAAGGUGCAUCAAGAGAGUGUACACAUGAUUCAAGUCACAAGCAGUUUAAUCAAUGAGACUGUCGCCAACCACCCGGAAUGGGCGAAUUGGCUUCCUGAAGCUCAGGUAGUUCAAAGAGCUCUAAAUUCUGCAGCUAAUAAUGUCUAUCAGUAUGGACGAGAAUGGAUAACACAUAAGCUUCGUAAGAUUUUGGGAGAUAAAGUGAACAAUACUGCUGUGAUUGAAAAGCAAGUACUAGAACUCUGGGACAGACUGUAUCACUCUUGGUUUGUAAAGAAUAUAACACAUUCAGGAAGGCACAAAGGUCACAAGAUGACUAUAACUCGUCAGAAUAGCUGGCUUGGAGAUAUUCUGGAUUGGCAGGAUAUUGCUUCCUUUGUUCAUGAAAACAUCGAGACAUUUCUUUCUAUCCUGGAAUCUCUGUGGAUAGUGAUGAGUCGCAACGUGAGCCUGCUUUUUACCACAGUUACAACAUUACUGACUAUUCUUUUCUAUAGUGGGACAGCCCUCCUCAAUUUUGUACUAUCUUUGGUGAUUUUCUUGACCACACUGUUUUACUUAUUAAGUUCCAGUGAUGAAUAUUAUAAACCAGUGAAGUGGGUAAUUAGUCUGACACCACUGUCUCAGCCAGGCCCUUCAUCUAACAUAGUUGGUCAAUCUGUGGAAGAAGCCAUAAGAGGUGUGUUUGAUGCUUCCCUGAAAAUGGCUGGGUUCUAUGGAUUGUAUACAUGGUUGACUCACACUGUAUUUGGAAUCAAUAUUGUCUUCAUCCCAUCAGCAUUAGCAGCAAUCCUUGGAGCAGUACCAUUUCUGGGAACGUAUUGGGCAGCAAUACCGGCAGUCCUGGACCUGUGGCUUACUCAGGGAGAAGGAUGUAAAGCCGUCUUGCUUCUGGUUUUUCAUCUCCUACCAACCUACUUUGUAGAUACUGCAAUCUACUCUGAUAUAUCAGGAGGAGGCCAUCCUUACUUGACGGGUUUAGCAGUGGCUGGUGGAGCAUACUACCUAGGCCUAGAAGGAGCGAUCAUUGGCCCUAUACUUCUCUGCAUACUCGUAGUUGCCUCUAAUAUCUACAGUGCCAUGUUACUAAGUCCUACAAACCCCACGCCCACCCCAAGUCAGACACUGGGUCCUCAACAGACACAACAGUAAGUUGAGAAGAAUUUCUGAAGAUCCAAAAUCAUCAGAGUGAUACUUGCACCAACUUCUUUAAGAAAUUCUCCUUCAGUUGAAUUCAGAACAGCAAUGGACUUCUUUCCUCCCAGCUGUAAUGAUCAAGGAAGGUCCAGUGAAGAAGCAUUUUGGAAAGACAAUGUGUGUACUGGCUUAUUGCAAAAAAGAACAGAUGCUGCUGGUGGCUUUGUUUAUUAACAUGCAACUUUACAACAGAGAAACUCAUUUGAUGACUUAUUUUUUAGAAAAUGACCUUGAAAGCUUUUAAGUUAUACACUGGAGUCAUGGCUGUUACCUGCUCGAACAACCAAUAUGGAUGUUUUCCUUUGUGGUAAUCAGUUUUGUUCAAAUGCCUUUGAAAAGAGCAAAAUCAUAGCUGUUUUUUCCUGAAGUGUCAAGGGAAAUGAAGGAUAUAUGUGCUUACAGUAAUUUUAAGAGCUCUAACGUACCUGUUAUUAAAAGUGCAUAUAACAUAAUUAA